AUGCACCUUCUUCCGCGUGAACUUGAUAAACUUGCCCUACGCCAAGUAGGGCUUGCGGCGCAAGGCCGACUGGCUAGGGGCAAGAGGCUUAAUGAAACAGAAGCUAUCGCGCUGAUCGCUACGGUUUUGCAUGAAAAAGCAAGGGAUGGCGACAACACAGUUGCCAAGCUCAUGCAGUUCGGCAAGACCAUCCUUGGUUUCCGACAUGUGCAGCCAGGUGUUGCGCAGGUGAUCCACGAGGUGCACGUCGAGGCUACGUUCCCGGAUGGUACCUUUUUGGUCCCAGUUAUUGAUCCAAUCUGUUCACCCAACGGUAAUUUGGAGCAUGCCUUGUAUGCAUCAGGCCUGGCAUUGCCGUCCGAGGAUAUCUUCCCCAAGAUCCAGGUGGCUGAAGGGCCGGUGCCUGGUGAGACCAUUGUAGAUCCAGAGGCGCCUGCUAUCGUUCUCUUCCCUGGUCACCACCGUAUCUCUGUUGACAUCACCAACACGGGUGAUCGUCCGAUUCAGGUCGGCUCUCAUUACCCCUUGACCAAAGCCAACCCGUCGCUAGUUUUCUCCGUGGAGCGCCCAAAGGGAUACAAGCUUGACGUUGCUGCUGGCACAGCUAUUCGCUUCGAGCCGGGCGACACCAAGAAAGUGACACUGGUUGAGAUGGGCUCGCAUGGUGAAGCCCGUAUGGAGGCAUCGGGCGAAUCGACCGCUCCGACCGAUAUGCCGAAACCUUUCAGUUUGUCGCGCGCUGCGUACAAUACCAUGUAUGGUCCCACAGUCGGCGAUCGUGUGCGUCUAGCCGACUCUGAAUUGUGGGCUGUCAUCGAGAAGGACUAUACUGCGUAUGGUGACGAGUGCUGCUUUGGUGGUGGUAAGGUGGUUCGUGAUGGUAUGGGCCAAUCGGUCGGCCGUCCUGCCGAAGAUGUUUUGGAUACUGUGAUUACCAAUGCCAUGAUCAUUGAUUACCAGGGUAUCAUCAAAGCCGAUAUCGGUAUCAAGGAUGGUCUGAUCGCCGGCAUCGGUAAGUCGGGGAACCCAGACACCAUGGCCUCGGUCACCCCAGGUAUGGUGAUUGGGUCGUGCACAGAAGUAAUUGCUGGUGAACAUAUGAUCAUCACACCGGGUGCUUUGGAUUCGCAUGUGCACAUGAUUUCACUCCAAAUGUGUGAAGAGGGCUUGGCAUCUGGCAUCACGACCCUCAUUGGUGGAGGCACCGGCCCUGCGGCAGGAUCGCGUGCAACUACCUGCACCCCAGGGCCUUGGCACAUUCGUAAUAUGAUUCGCUCGACUGACACUAUACCAAUUAAUAUCCUCUUGACUGGCAAGGGCAACGAUUCAGGGCCUAAGCCUCUGCGUGAUCAAAUCGAGGCGGGGUGUGCCGGCUUGAAGAUCCACGAGGACUGGGGUGCGACGCGCGACGUCAUCGAUACGUGCUUGGCGGUAUGUGACGAGUAUGAUGUGCAAUGCACGAUUCACACAGACUCUCUGAAUGAGACGUGCUCUGUGGAAGGUACGUUGGAAGCGAUCAACGGCCGUGCGAUCCAUACCUACCAUUCCGAAGGUGCCGGUGGAGGUCAUGCCCCUGAUAUUAUUCGUGUGUGUGGUGAGCCGCAUAUUCUGCCAUCGUCGACCAACCCAACCCGUCCCUACGCACAGAACACGCUGGAUGAGCACCUAGACAUGCUCAUGGUGUGCCAUCAUCUUAGCAAAAAUAUCGCAGAGGAUGUGGCCUUUGCUGACUCUCGUAUCCGUGCGGAAACAAUCGCUGCGGAAGAUGUGCUGCACGAUAUGGGCGCCAUCUCCAUGAUGAGCUCCGACUCUCUUGCUAUGGGUCGUAUCGGUGAAGUAGUCUCGCGUACAUGGAGGACGGCCGACAAAAUGAAGAAACAACGUGGUCCUCUUCGCACGAAGGACGGUCCUCAGGACACAGAGACCAAUGACAACGCGCGUAUCAAGCGCUACAUUGCGAAGUACACCAUCAACCCUGCGAUUACGCACGGUAUCGCUAACCAUGUUGGCUCCAUCGCUGUGGGCAAACUGGCUGACUUGGUUUUGUACCACCCUCGUCAUUUUGGUGCGCGUCCCAAUAUGAUUAUCAAGGGUGGUCACAUUUGUUUGGGCAAUGUCGGUGACCCCAAUGGCAGUAUCCCCACGAUUCAGCCUGUGGUGCUGCGCAAGAUAUUUGGUUGUGCCCCAGAAGCGGCGCAGGACAACAGCUACGUGUUCGUCAGCCAGGCGAGCGUUGAGAAGGUGGGCACGUAUGGUAUCGGCAAGCGCAUUGUGCCAGUGCAGGGCUGCCGUCACAUUACCAAGAAGGAUAUGGCCCUGAACGAUGCUUUGCCUUCCAUUCAGGUGGACCCUGAGACGUACGUAUGA